AUGUGUGACGAAAUUGAGGAGAAUCUUGUUGAAGAACUUGAUUCGGAAGAUGAAAUAAUAAAAAAAACAUCAUUAUCAACCAUAGAAACAACAAUUAACAGUAGAAAAUCUUUACGAACUCCAAAAUGUGCUCGUUGUCGCAAUCAUGGUGUUGUAUCUUGUCUUAAAGGUCACAAAAAAUAUUGUCCUUGGCGUGAUUGUGUUUGUGCUAAUUGUUUGUUAGUUGUUGAACGACAACGUAUUAUGGCUGCACAAGUAGCUCUUCGCAGACAACAAGCACCAGAUGAUCCAAAUAAAACAGCAAAACUGACCAACACUAAAAAGUACAGAAAUUCAGCGUUGUUUCUUCAACAGAAACGAUUUAAUAUACAAAAGAAUCUACGGCAAAUACAGAAAAGUUCAGUAACUAGAGAUAUUAUUAGAAGUUUGAAAGCACAAAAUUAUGUGAGUAAAAAUGAUGUGAUGAAUAAAUUUUUAAUGACAACCAAUCCAAUUCUACAUGAUCGAUUGCGAAAACGUCGAUGUUUUGCUGACAAAGAAUUAGAUAAUAUGCCAGCUUUAUCGUCAGUCAUUGGGACUAUGGUAACAAAUAGUGCUUUUCAUGUGACUAAUCUGUCACGAUUUCAUUCUUGCAAUUAUCAUCAAGAAACAAUGACUAAAACAAAACCAAUUCAAAAGAAGAAGUGCACAGAUUUUUCAGUGGCUGCUCUUAUUGGUCCAAGUUAA